AUCGUACGUGUAUCGUGCAUGCUAUCUUCACGAUUCGAUACCAGAAAAUACACGCGAUGCAACACGGAAAGUUGAGUAUAAAAAUCGAGAGUGUUUGAAAGAUUCGACGUUAGAAGAGGUUGGAGAGUUGAACUAAAUACUGCUUUCGAAGAAAAAGACGUCGCCAUGUCACGAUACAUCGUGUGCAUAUUUAUUGUUACGAUUCUUGUUCAUAUCAAGGAACACUGCGAGGUGGCGGGCAAAGAUAUAAAGUGCGAAAAGAACGAAGAAAUGAACGUGUGUGGAAAAUUGUGCGAGGCAAGUUGCAACAACCCAAACUCGGAUUCCGAACUUUGCCCUCCGAUUCCGUGCAACUCGGAAAUUACGAGAGAUUGUCGAUGCGCGUACGGUACUGUGAGAGACGAAAAGACCAAGGCUUGCAUACCGCUCUCAAAAUGUCCCAACAUUCUUUAGAAAUCACUCGAUCAAAAAGAAAACUGUUUUCUUGAUCUCUCAUCCACGUGAUAAUGAACGCGAACGAGUAAACUGUUGGAUGUAAGAACCAGUGUUGACGUAGAUCUGACGGUUAGAUAAGAGCUUAAAAUUUCGAAAAAUUAACGGACAAUGAAAUGCAAACGAGGCCUAAGUGUGUGUAAAUAUAUUCAAGCGGUGCAUCGCUCCCCGUUUUCCAACAAUUUUAUAUGGUAAUUUUAUAAUGGUAUUUGUACAAACUGGUAUUUUCGAAAAAUUAAACGUGGUUGUUAAAUUAACAAAUUGUACGGAAUAGGAAAAUUGUAAACAAGGAAGGAAAAUUUCAAGUAUUCGUCCAUGAUACUUUUGUUCUUUUAGAUUAGGUUAUCUACUUAAAUGAUGUUUGUUUAUGCUUGAAUUUGUGUCACAACAAUCCUGUUACCUAAGAAUUCGACGCAUUGAGCUAAUAAUAAAAAUUAAAUGAACAAAAUACCGAUAAUUUCCCGUUAACGAAGAUAAUUAGCGAACAUAGUGUAUAAAUAACAUACGAGUGAUACGAUCAUUGGAUAAUUGGAGUAUAAAAAUCGAUAACAAUAUCUUCAAAAAAACAUCGAUGUCUCGAUAAUUAAUACUUGCGUAACGCAUCGUUCGCAACACGUCGGAAUUAUUAGAAAUGUCUGAAAACUUCGAUAACAAUAAACUACGCGAAGAAAUUAAAUGAUAUUCUCUAGCA